UUACAACCUGUACGUCAAAUACGAGAGCGUCGAAUAACAUCAGUUUAUGUAUUAUGACAUUGUAAUAGGUAAUAUUUAUCACACAAGAAUGUGCACGUAUCUUCGUAUAUUCUUUUUUAAUUUAAUCUAGUCGGACUUCAGUUUCCGAGCAGUUACCCCACUGCAUAGAUCUAAAUAGGCUAGUGUAAAUAGGUAUUUAUUAACAAAUGUAUUGUGUUCUGAACGUAUAUGACAUACUAUUCUCAAAUGUCUUCUCCUAAAACUACCGAAUAUUCAGGCAAUUACCAACGCUUUAGCGAUGAUGCAAACCAAUCACCCGAACAAGACAUUUCGCAUCGAUCAUGUCAAAAAUAUGGAUCUAUGUUAUCGUGUUCUUCUCCAGAGAACCACAUAAAUUCACCCAUAGAAAAUAACCAGACAAGUCAGUUUCCUGACAAAUUUGAAACGGACGAAGCUGAAAAAGAAAACAUGACUGAUAAUGCUGUACUUCCGUUGCAUAAUUUUCUUUUGGAUCAUGAUUUAUAUUGGGAAAUGAAUUACCAUAAAGCUGCAAUAUUUUUAGAGGAAGGCAGAAACAAUGAAAAAUUUGAGUCUCAUCCAAAACAUCCGGAAGAUUUACCAGCAUAUCUCUUAGUUCAUAAUAAUUGGUAUUAUGGAUUAGAUUUAUUGACUUCUCUCAUACUUUUAGCUUUGGCUCUUGUGGAAGAACCAGCAGUACCAUUAUUUGGCAUACCAGUGUGGGCGCACGGAUCGAUAGAACUUUUUGCUUUAAUGAUCAUAGGCAUUGAAUUAGCUUUAAAAUUAAGAUGGAUCGGCUGGUCGACUAUGUUAAAACACAAACGGACAGUGUUAAAGUGCGUUACAUUGGCCAUCAUGUUUUUAGAAGCAAUGACAGUCUUAGUGCGGCAGUCGUCACAUUUUCGCGUAACGCGUGCUCUAAGACCUAUCUUUUUAGUUGAUACAAAGUGUUUCGGAGGCGUAAGAAGAUUUAUAAGGCAAAUACUUUUGACGUUGCCUCCGAUUGUGGACAUGUUAGGCCUGCUUUUAUUUUUCAUUAUACUUUAUACAGUAUUGGGCUAUUAUAUGUUUUACGAAAUGAAUAGAAACUUUUGUACAUUGCAAGAUAGUUUUGUAAGUCUUUUUGUUCUUCUUACCACUGCUAAUUUUCCAGAUGUGAUGAUGCCGUCAUAUUCGAAAAACAAGUGGUACGCAAUAUAUUUUGUAUCUUACUUAUCCACAAUGUUAUACGUGAUGAUGAAUUUGAUGUUGGCAGUUGUAAACGAAACGUUUACAGCAGCUGAACGUGACAAGUUUAAAAAACUGUUUCUACAUAAAAGGAAAGCAUGUCAGCAUGCCUUUCAGUUAUUAGUUUCAAAGCAAAAUGCUGAUAAAAUGCGAUUCCGUCAAUUCGAAGGGCUGAUGCGAUACUAUGCCCCUAAUAAAAGUAUACGAGAUAUAGUUUUAAUGUUUCGAUAUUUGAAUGCCUCUGGAACCGGAUUAUUAAGUGCAGAUGAGUUUUUGAAUAUUUAUGAUACAAUAGAGCUACAGUGGGAACCACAAUAUUCUACUGUACCUUGGUAUCAUAGCAAAUCAAAACCUUUACAGAUUCUCUGCACAGGAGCUCAUGCUGCUAUUAGAUGGACAUAUUUUGAAACUCUGAUGUACAUAACAAUAAUUGCAAAUGGUAUCGCUAUGAUAAUAAGGAUACUACAGCCGAGCAAUAGUCUUUACAGCGCGUGUUUGUUCGCAGCAUCUUGGGAUACUUUUCUUUUGGGAGGAAUAUUUGUUAGCGAAGCAUUGAUAAAAGUAUUGGGCCUUGGUACAAGAUGGUAUCUUAGUUCUGGAUGGAACCUUUUCGAUUUAGGCACAUCCGUAAUGACCCUUGUUUCCGCGUGCAUCAUACGUCUCUUUCCGUCAGCAACAUUCUUUGUUUUAUUCAGACCACUUCGACUAUUGAGAUUAUUUAAAAUGAAAAAGAGAUAUCGAGAUGUAUUUGGUACCCUGGUUAUUUUAACCCCUUUGAUGUCGUCUACCGCAGUGGUUAUGCUUGUUUUAUAUUAUUUUUUCGCGAUUAUUGGAAUGGAAUUGUUCGCCGGAUACAACAUGCGAAAUUGCUGCAAAAAUACAACGGUCGAGGAUUUUUACAAAUAUUCGGUCAAUGAAAGUACAACAUUAGGAUAUUACUAUCUUAAUACAUUCGACAAUCUAAUUGCCAGUGGUAUGACUCUGUUUGAAUUAACAGUUGUUAAUAAUUGGUUUAUAUUAAUGAACGCGUAUGCAUUUACUGUUGGCACGUACACAAGGAUAUAUUUUAUGACAUUUUAUCUGGUGACAAUGAUUGUGUUAACGAUCGUGGUGUCCAGUUUUUUGGAAGCAUUUCGAUUUAGAAUACACUACAAGAAAUCAACAUCCAAACGAGACGAAGAAAGAAUGCUUCACGAAGAAGUGGAGUUAAGAUGGGACGAGUUGCAAUGUAUAAUAGAAGAUUUUCAACUUCUGGAAAAAUUACGACCGUCGCUCAUAGUUGGUGGUACUACUGUUUUUACUGGAUCACGACCUCGAACUCGAGAUGUUUUACAGAGGAAAAUGUAUACAAGCGAAAUAAACGAAUGGAUCGUGGAAGCUAAAGAAGCUGAAAAACACUGUUUAUCAAAUCCUGUAUAUAAUUCAAAAGAAACUUGUACGGAAGAUAGAACUUCUGAACCAGAACGUCUUAGAUCAAGCGUGAGUUUACGAUCAAUACACUAUAAUACAUCUAAUGUUGUGUAGUUAUCAACAAUAAUAAAUAAAAUGUACGAUCAAUAAUUCUGAUGUAUAUAUCUUUACA